CCAGCCACCGCAUCGUCGAUCUGUUGGGAUUUUGUUCCGGUCUGGGGUGAUUCGGUGCGGCUCCGUGAGAUCGGUGGAGGAGGGCUUCUGGUGGCUUCAUUCUUAGCUUGAAUCGGGUGGGACUCCUGUCUGUUGUUGCGGUCGUCCGAUGGAGCCUCGCGUUGGAAACAAGUUCCGCCUCGGUCGCAAGAUCGGGAGCGGGUCCUUUGGGGAGAUCUAUCUAGGUACUAAUAUUCAAACGAACGAGGAAGUCGCAAUUAAACUCGAAAACAUCAAGACUAAGCACCCCCAGUUGCUCUAUGAAUCAAAGCUGUACAAGAUCCUGCAAGGAGGAACUGGAAUUCCAAAUGUGAGAUGGUUUGGUGUUGAGGGUGACUAUAAUGUCUUGGUGAUGGAUUUACUAGGACCAAGUCUGGAAGAUCUAUUCAACUUUUGUAGCCGUAAACUCUCUCUAAAGACUGUUUUGAUGCUUGCAGAUCAGAUGAUUAAUCGAGUGGAAUUUGUGCACUCAAAGUCCUUUUUGCACCGAGAUAUCAAACCAGAUAAUUUUAUUAUGGGGCUUGGUAGACGAGCUAAUCAGGUGUAUAUUAUUGAUUUUGGCCUUGCAAAGAAGUAUAGGGAUACUUCAUCUCAUCAGCAUAUUCCAUAUAGAGAGAACAAGAACUUGACUGGGACAGCAAGGUAUGCAAGUGUGAACACACAUCUUGGCAUAGAACAAAGCAGGAGGGAUGACUUGGAAUCUCUUGGAUACGUUCUUAUGUAUUUUUUGAGAGGAAGCCUUCCAUGGCAAGGUCUAAAAGCAGGAACGAAGAAGCAGAAGUAUGAAAAAAUUAGUGAAAAGAAAGUUGCCACCUCAUUUGAGGCUUUAUGUAGGGGAUAUCCUUCAGAGUUCGUGUCGUACUUCCACUAUUGCCGUUCACUGAGAUUUGAGGACAAGCCUGAUUAUUCAUAUCUUAAGAGACUGUUCCGGGAACUUUUUAUCCGUGAAGGGUUUCAGUUUGAUUAUGUAUUUGAUUGGACCAUUUUGAAGUAUCAGCAGUCGCAGAUAUCUGGUGCUCCCCCACGUGCUAUUGGUCCAAGUACAGGACCUAACUCUGGCUUGGCUCCUGCUUUUGCCAAUGAUAGACAAUCUGGGCAUCGUCAUGGACGGGUUAUACCUCCAGCUGUAGAUUUAGGCAGCUUAUCAGAUCAGAAAGCACCUAUGGGGAAUAAUCCAUCUGUCAGUAAAGAGAGGGACCCUCAUCGUCAGGGAUGGGUUACACCUCCAGUUCUAGAUUCAGGCAGCUUAACAAAGCAGAAGGCCCCAAUGGGGAACAAUCCAUCUGUCAGUAAAGAUGCUAAGUUUUCCAGCUCAGCUUUUAUGGGACAGUCAAGUGAAUCCUCGAGGCGAGCAGCUGUUUCUAGUAGCCGAGACAUAGUGAACACCGAUGCAGAUGCAUCUCACACUCGAGCUACAGAGGCUAGCCCAGGGAAUUCCCGUAGGGUUUCGAGUGCUCAGAGAAGUUCCGCAAUCAGUUCUGCAGAGCGGAAGCAUACUUCAUCUGGACAGAAACCAUCCGCAGUUAAGAAUUAUGAGUCCACGCUCAAAGGCAUUAAGGGCCUUAAUUUUGAUAAUGAGGAAAGGAAUUAAUCAUGAGGAACAACUAGUCUGAUGUGAACUGCUGAUUUGGAGUGCCCCCACGUAAGAAAAA